UCUCGUCUCUGAUUGGCCACUGAGUUCAUUCAAGCUCCGCCUGACGUAUCACAAGGGCUUUGAUUGGUCAGUUGGCGUUCCUCUGCUCAGCCACCGCUGCCGUUUUAAAAGUCUCUACUUAGGGACACAUUUUCCCAAUAAAGGCUCGAAAAUGAGUCACUUCAAGGAGCGUUUUGUGACUUUGCUCCAUGAGAAGAACUUUGUCACCGACCAGUUGGCAACGCUGGAGCAAAAAACUGGAACGAAGAGAGAAUAUAUCGUCUUGGGUGCCCUGGGUUUCGUAGGUGUCUAUCUCCUCUUUGGGUACGGCGCCUCGUUGCUCUGCAACCUCAUCGGAUUUGUCUAUCCGGCCUAUUUCUCUAUCAAAGCCAUCGAGAGCAGGGUGAAGGAGGACGACACGCAGUGGCUCACUUACUGGGUGGUGUAUGGACUUUUCAGCAUAGUCGAGGCUUUCUCGGACAUCUUCCUCUUUUGGUUCCCCUUUUACUACGCCGGGAAGUGCGUCUUCCUCAUCUGGUGCAUGGCUCCCGUGACGUGGAAUGGCUCAGAAAUCCUGUACAAGCGCAUCAUCCGACCCUUCUUCCUGAAACACCAGGCCGCUAUGGACAGCAUGGUCAGCGACCUGAGCGCCACGGCCAUGAGCAUGUCAGAAAGCGUCAAGCAGGAGGGUGAGAUACCAACUGUGUACAUCUGUUAAUCGGGCUCUCAACCAUGACAAGGACCAAUGAGGAACAUGGGAACACUUGCUUGUGUGAAUUUUUUUUUUACUCGGUACGAUCAGCACAAAACACGACAAUGUGGGGAACCAAUCAACGGGUUUAAGCACUCCCGGAAGAUGUUAUGCAUAACUGAGCCAUUUCAGUCUUGAAACCUAAAAAGGAUGCCAAAAUUGUGUUCUUCUUAAGAGCAUGGCUCGCACAUUGAAGCACGUUUUUUGCCCCUCGUACAUCAUAUGAUUAUGGAGACUAAAUAAACUGGACACUAACUAUCAAACGAUUCUCAUUUUUUCGUUGU